CUGGUAAGGACCACUCCGGUAGCGUGUUGCGCGCUGUGCGUUUUCACGUGUGUUGUCAUUCAUACAAACAAGUUCGCAAAGACAUAUUUUUGUCUGUUUGAUUUACCAUAAUUUUAUUUAGCCGAUGGUCUUAUAAUAAUUUUGGAGAUGAAAGAGGGAAAAGACGAGGACAGUUUGUUUCUGGAGCAGGUUCUGGAUUCUCUUUAUGACUUUGGUUCAGAAUCAAAGAAGACGCUUAAAGCCCCAAAAAAGAAAAAACGAAAAAGAUGUGAAGAGCAGGAGGAAGAAGAGGGACUUGAUCCAGCGAAGGAAGGUUGCAGCGACAAUGAAGACAGCAGAGAUUCUGAGGAUCACCGCGGAGCAGAGCAGCCAAACACCGAAGGGUUUAAACGCUUGAAAGGCAUCCAGCCAGUGAACAAGGUGGAGGUGGUGACGUUUCAGGACCCAAGAAAGAAAACUAAAACCAAACAGGUUCCGGUUUCCACCAAGAUUCCAGUUAAAGCUCCACAGGAGUCUCAGACAGCAGAGCAGAGGCGAAUCAGCCAGCAAGAACGGCUCAGUUUGGAAAAGGCUCGUCUGGAAGUCCAUCGGUUUGGAAUCACCGGCUACAAGAAGGAGCAGCAGCGAGUGUUUGAGCAGGACAGGGCGAUAAUGCUGGGAGCCAGACCUCCAAAGAAGGAGUACGUGAACUACAAGGUGCUGCAGGAGCAAAUCAAAGAGAAGAAGCAGAAAGAAAAGGAGGCUCAUUCAGACAAGAAGAAAAAGAAAAAGAGUAAUCAAAGGGACAAGAAGAAACCAUCAUCCUCUGGUUCUGCCGCAACGCCCUCCGGUCAGGUGGGUCGGUUCAAGAACGGCAUGCUGAUCCUCAGCUCAAAGGAGAUCCAGAAAAUCAAAGGCAAAAAAGUGAAGCAUUGAGGUGACAGAUUAAAUCAGAGAUGCAAGAUGGAAAAUGGCAGCAGGAUGCAGGAGACCGUGC